ACACUGUUGGUCCUCGAGCCUAGAACUACAUUUCCCAGGAGCCCCUGCCUUUCUCUGGCUGAUACUCUGGGUACAGAACUGCAUUGCCCUUGGGGGUUCUGCAAGUCUCUGGCCAGUGUGGGAAGCCUCAAACCACAUCUCUCAGAAGCUGUUGCAGUCCCCCUGCUAAUAAUUCUCUGAGCUCAUACUACUUUUCCCAAGAGGCUCCCUUGCCAAUAUUCUGAAAUCAAAACUACAUUUCCCAGAAGGCCUUGCAGAUCUCUAGCAAAGACUCUGCGGGUCCCUGGUCAGUAUUCUGGGUCCAGAACUACAUUUCCCACCAGCCUCUGCAGUUACCGGGCUCAUUAAUAAUCUUUUAACAAGAAGUGCUGCAGCUAUCUGAACGUAACUUCUGGGCCCCAAACUACAUAUCCCAUGAGACACUUGCAGUUCCCUAGCCAACACUCAGAUUUAGAACUCUGUUCCCCUCACCCUCUGCAGUUCCCUGGCACAUACCCUCGGUUUACAAAGAAUUUACCAUGAAAUGCUGCAGUGUCGUUCCCCCCUCCUCCGCCCCCCGCUAAUAUUUCUGGGCCCAGAACUGCAGUUCCCAUGAACCUCCUGGGCUUCAACAACGCUUCUGAGUCUAUUUUCCCUAGAUACCUUCACUCCUUGGUCUUGCACAGUAGUUCAACGUCUUCCUGUCCUCAAUCCCUGGUUCUUAUUUUCAGAUAGCCCCACCUCCAACCCAGAUGCAGAACUAAACCCUAGGUGCCAAUCUUCCACCACAGCCCCACUCAGAGCCCCGACCCCACCCCCCAGCCCUGUCUUACUUUCUUUGCCCAUAGUUGAGUUUGCCACAGGGACUUUGCCUCCCCAUCAUUAAGUCUUUCUGCUUCACCUGGGCACAACCUGGUUCCAGGGAGUCUUCCUAACACGCAGCUAGACUAUAGCUGUCUCUUGCUCACGUCAGCCCCAGGCUUGCAGCCCUUUCCAGCACAGCUCACUUCCCAAAUGCUGAGUUGAUGUCAUCCCAAGAAGAUUCUGCAUGGCUGAUCCUUCCUUGUUGACCUCGAGUCUAUGGAGGAGUCCAUGUCUCGGAGCCUGGGCAAGCCUGCCAAGUCCUCGUGAGUACUCCCUGGUCCCGCGACCUGUGACAGCUCCUGCAGAGGAAGCAGUACCUGCGGCAGGUCAUCUCGGAAUAUGAGGCGCUGGAUCGGGAGCUCCCGUGUAUCCGAAAAUUCUCAGAACCACCCUCUGCCCAGCCCCUCUGCCUUUGCAUGGAGACUUCGGAAGACUUUACGCACGUGGAGGUGCUGCAGGCUUUGGAGGCCGAGCUGCCCGGGGCCAUGGAAAGCGGGCGCGUGAACAGCAUCCGCUACGAGAAUAUGAAUGUCAUCUGCGGUACUGCGGGCCGCAGGGACAGGUGGCUCAUCACCGUCACAGACUUCCAGACGCGGUCACGCCUGCUGCGCUCCGGGCUCACCCUCCGUGGAACCGCGUACCCACUGGUGCGCCACGACGAUUUACUGCUGGGGGACUACCGUUUGCACCUGCGCCGCUCUCUGGUCCGAAGGCGCAUGCUCGAAGCCCUCGGGGCGGAGCCUGCCGACGAAGAUUGACGCACAGCGGGGGCGGGUUCCAGCUGCACCCCGCCCCCAGACCCGGCGAAACGAGAAGGCGUGGCCUCCCUAGGAAGGAGGCGGGGCCGGCUCGAGGGGGUGGAUACUGUGAGUUUAAUUAUAAAGAAUGACCUGAUACAAAA